AUGGCGCUGGGCACCGUGCUGGCGCGAGGCAGGGAUGUGUGCAGGCGCAACGGGCUGCUCAUCCUGUCUGUGCUCUCCGUGCUUGUGGGCUGCCUCCUCGGCUUCUUCCUCAGGACCCGGCGCCUCUCACCACAGGAGAUUAGUUACUUCCAGUUCCCUGGAGAGCUCUUGAUGAGGAUGCUGAAGAUGCUUAUCCUGCCCCUGGUGGUCUCCAGCUUAAUGUCUGGCCUUGCCUCUCUGGAUGCCAAGACCUCCAGUCGCCUGGGCCUCCUCACCGUGGCUUACUAUCUGUGGACCACCUUCAUGGCAGUCACCGUGGGCAUCAUCAUGGUCUCUGUUAUCCAUCCCGGCAGCACGGCCCAGAAGGAAGCCACAGAGCACAGUGGCAAGCCUGUACUGAGCUCUGCGGACGCUCUUCUGGACCUGGUCCGGAACAUGUUCCCAGCCAAUCUGGUAGAGGCCACCUUCAAGCAGUACCGCACCAAGACCAUCGCAAUUGUUAAGACCCCCAAAGUGCCGUCGGAAGGGGCUUCCCAGAGACCCCUCAUCUACGGGCUCCAGGAAGAAAACAGCUCUUGGGUGCACAACUUUGUCCUCGACCUCACUCCUCCACCCGAGGUGGUUUACAAGUCGGAGCCAGGCACCAGCGAUGGCAUGAACGUACUGGGCAUAGUCAUUUUCUCGGCCACCAUGGGCAUCAUGCUGGGCCGCAUGGGCGACAGUGGGGCCCCCCUGCUCAGCUUCUGCCAGUGUCUCAACGAAUCCGUCAUGAGGAUAGUGGCCGUGGCCGUGUGGUAUUUCCCCUUCGGCAUCGUGUUCCUCAUUGCUGGAAAGAUUCUAGAGAUGGAUGACCCCACAGCCGUCCGGAAGAAGCUGGGCCUCUAUGCCAUGACAGUAGUGUGCGGGCUGUUGACCCAUGGCCUCUUCCUCCUCCCCCUGCUCUACUUCCUCGUCACCAGGAAGAACCCCAUUGUCUUCAUCCGAGGCGUCCUCCAGGCCCUGCUCAUUGCUCUGGCAACCUCCUCCAGCUCAGCCACACUGCCUAUCACCUUCAAGUGCCUGCUGGAGAACAAUCACAUUGAUCGACGCAUUGCACGCUUCGUGCUGCCCGUGGGCGCCACCAUCAACAUGGAUGGCACUGCGCUCUAUGAAGCUGUGGCCGCCAUCUUUAUCGCCCAGGUCAACAACCAUGAGCUGGACCUCGGCCAGAUCGUCACCAUCAGUAUUACUGCCACUGCAGCCAGCAUCGGGGCCGCCGGCAUCCCCCAGGCUGGACUUGUCACCAUGGUCAUCGUGCUCACCUCCGUGGGACUGCCCACGGACGACAUCACUCUCAUUAUCGCUGUUGACUGGGCCCUGGACCGUUUCCGCACCAUGAUCAAUGUGCUGGGGGAUGCACUGGCCGCAGGGGUCAUGGCUCACAUCUGCCGGAAGGACUUUGAACAGGACAUGGGCUCUGAGAAACUGCCGCCUUGUGAGAUCAAGCCCGUGAGCCUCCGAGAGAUUCUGGCAACCCAGCAAAAUGGCUGUGUGAAGAGUGUGGCUUCAGCCUCAGAGCUGACCCUGGGCCCUGCCUGUCCCCACCACACCCCCAUCCAGGUAGAACCUGAGAAGAGGCUGGCUAUGGCCAGUUCUGACCACUGCACCAUUGAGAUUAGCGAGCUGGAGACGAAUGUCUGA